AGGAAAUGGGAGAGGUGGAAUUCAAAGAAAACGAUAUUAUCCUAAGCAAAUUUUGAACCGAUAAUAAUGGUUUGGAAAUACAAGGCACUUGCAAAAAAAUAUUAGUUGGCCGAGGGUUAAAAAAUCGGUGAAUCGGGAUAGCGAAUUGACAGAGACCGAUCUCAAUUUCUGCCGUUCCUGAUCAGAUUACUUACGCCAAGAUUCCCCUGAAUAGCUUUCAGUACACACAUGGCCUAUUUUAGGGUUCUUGGAUCAAUUCUGGCCAAUUUCAAUCCGAUCUGAAUCGGAAUCUGCAGAAACCGUUUCUGUCACUUUUUGAGUCUCUUCGGAAAAGCAAGGCUACACUUCUCCUACAUAAAAAGCUCUGGUUUUAUCUUCAUGACAGGAAGAAGAAGGACAAGAAACACAGAGAAACCGUAAGUUCUUCUACUGGGCUAUUUUUAUUUUCAUGACUUUUUUCUUUAUUGGGUUUUAAAUUAGUUCCAAUCUAUUGCUACGACUUUGAAAUGUCAUAGUCUUGGUUGCUCCCGUGUUUGGUUUCAUGGUGUAUAAUUUGGAGGCUUUGUAAUGGGAUUUAAACGUGAAACAUUUAGGGUUUGGAGAAGAAUUUGAUUUUGUUCUUAGCGGAAGCAGUAUGAGGGCUUAGUAUGUAAUUCAAUAUUUCAUGUCUAGUUAUAGAUUAUUGAUUGAAAAAUUCAAGGCUACUAUCUUAGUGUCGAAUUCUUGAUCCGUUUUGAAGAUUGACCUGCUUUCGACAUAUUUUGGUAGCGACCUUCUAAGGUUUGUGAUGGUAAUAGAGGGGUUGGUCGGAGCCCAGCACUGAUCUCAUAUGGGGUUACGGUACGACUUGACUUGGAGUGUUCUUGCCGCAAGUUCGGGUGUUCUUGAGAUAUCUCCGUUGUAAUAUUUUUCCAAUAUAGUGAAUCUCUUCUUUUUUAUUCCAAGGACGUAGCACACCACAUCGGUUUGUGAACCUUGUUAAAUAUCUGUGUCUUGUUUUGCUUUUCUUCGUGUUUUCUUAGGUGUUUGUCAAAGUCCAUUGUUGUUUGUUCAUGCAAUGUUGUAUAAGAUAGAAGUGGAUGAGCUGCGGCCUUGGUCUGAGCUUCCUACAGAACUCCUGAGGCUCAUUGUAUCCCGUCUCUGCCUUGAAGAUAAUGUCCGAUUGUCCUGUGUUUGUAAGGAAUUGGGAUAUGUUGCCCGUUCAACCAAUCUCCAUGGUUCUUGUUUCCUCCAGCUCCCAUUUUCACAAUUCAAAUUUAGUCCACUCCUCACAAGAACCAUGCUUGGAGUAUCUUUGAUGAACAGAGAACUAAACACAUGGUCGAAUUCAAGGGGGGAGCUUUUAUUGGUCUGUGUCUCUUAUCCUGAUGAGCCUAAUAUAUUCAAACUGGACUUAUCCAAGAUGAAAUGGGUUGAAACAGAGAGCUUAAAUGGUGCGACAUUGUAUGUCAGCACUAACUCUUCUCUUGCAGCUACGGAUGUCCCAAGAAUAUCAAGUAUCAGUGUCUACUUUUCAAAGCCUCACUGCUAUGGAAAGUAUAGCAGCGAUGACUGUAGGUACUAUCCUGCUGUGCAGCGGCAUGAAGGGUCAUUCUUUACAAAGGCUGUUUGGAUCGAGCCACCUAAGAUGAGUCAUCUUUUGUUUGACGAACACUACUGAAUCUCAUUCAUGUUCUUGUCAGUGAUUUCAAAUUUGUCAGUUGCUUCAAGUGGAUUUUGGUUGAUGCUUGUAUCAUCCAUUGACCUGAGUUAAUCACUUGGUCUUGCUUUUCAAAGUCCAAUUGUGUAUUCUUUAGGUGUAGUAAAAUCAGUUAGUUUGAAAUUUAGGGCAACUUGACAACUUCACAGAAUCUAAGGCAUUUGAGUUUAUUGAAAUGAAACUUUAGACUGGCCCAAUAGUAAGCAAUUGAGGUGACUAUACGCACAAGCCCCACAAUUUAGUUGGGUCCAAAGUAGUUAUAUAUCAUCUGGGUUGAACCUUUUUUACUUUUUCUUGUUCACAACUCAUGGGCAAGUGACUAAGACAUGUACUUUUACUA